AUGGGGAUCUUCUUAAUGUUAAAAUGUAUUGGUUCACACUCCACACUUCCUCCAACAGAAAUUUUGGCAAUGGCUCAUUCAAGUGUCUCAGGUGCACAACAGAAAUACUCUCAAUUUAUGAAUCAGACGAACGAAUCGUGGGAUCCGGAAUGGAAAGCGGAACAAGGAGUCCCGAGCGAGACGUGUUUCUUGCGAAUCACAAAAGAUCUCCGCACAAUAUGCAAUGAUCCAGCUCCCGGUAUUUGUGUAAUUCCCGACAAUGACGAUCUUACCCGGGUCUACGCGUUGGUUACCGGCCCGUUUGAUACUCCAUACGAAGGCGGAUUUUUCCUGUUCCUUGUUAAAUUUCCUCCCGAGUACCCGUUGAGGCCUCCCCGAGUAAAAUUAAUGACAACGGGAAAUGGAUCCGUGCGGUUCAAUCCCAAUCUGUACAGCAACGGAAAGGUGAGUUAA